AUGGAAGCGGCCGAUAUCGAAUGGGAGCUCGAAGAGGGAAUCCCACAGGUUGAUGACCCUUUCAUCCAACAGUAUCUGAAGGGCCGGGAUUCUCUCAUCCUGGAGGAGCAGAAGCAGCGUCAUGACUCUAAUCUUCGCAAGACCCUAACGCCAAUAGCCGCGACAGCAUGCAAGAUCGUGUCAAAGGUCCGCGACCGGGGGUUGACGUCUAUAGGGUCCACGACGUUGAACGAUGAUUCCCAUACGUCAGAGGCUCUAGGUCCCAGUGAGAUGUUGCACCAAGCUAGGGAUCGAAUGAAAAACACCGAGCUAUGGAAAAUCCUACAGAAGAUGCCAAAAGGCUCCCUUUUACACGCCCACAUGGAUACUAUGCUUGAUGCAGACUUCAUAGUCAACCAGGCGUUCACCACGGCUGGCAUUCACAUAUGCGCGCCUAGCGCCUUGGUUACUCAAAAAGACUUCGAAGAAGCACCUUUCUUUUUCCAGUAUUCUUCUCGUUCCACGGAAUCGGAAAACGAGCCACCUUUAUGGACAUCCAACUACAAACCCCAGACUUUGAUCCCCUUACAAAAAGCGGCGUCUUCCUUCCCGAAUGGCAGCGAAGCUGGUUUCCGCAAUUGGCUUACAAGCCGCUGUAUUGUGAUACCAGAGAUUUCGGGUCGUCAUCAAAACUGCAGAGCCAAUAAGAUCUGGGAUGUCUAUACCCGUGCUAUGACUGUUAUCAACUCUCUCCUCAGCUAUGAGCCCAUUCUACGAUCUUGUCUACGCCACAUGUUCUCACAAUUUGCCACCGAUGGGAUUAGGUACGUGGAACUUCGAAAUGUAUUUCUUUUCCCGUACAGGCGAACAGGAAGCGAGACACCAGAAGAAAGCUAUAGUGAAUGGUGCAGUGUGUUCCAAGACGAGCUCGAGAGUUUCAAGAACACUGAAGAAGGCAAAGCAUUCUACGGGGCACGUGUGAUAUGGACAAGUGCGCGCAUAUUGUCCAACAAAGACAUGGCGGAGAGUAUGAUGAACUGCAUCUUGGCAAAGAAAGAUUUCCCCGACGUGAUCUGCGGGUUUGACAUAGUAGGGCAAGACUAUCGUACCAGACGGCUUGGCGAUUUCGUGCCGAUUAUGUUUUGGUUCCGGAAGCUUUGCGUCGAGGAAGGAGUCGACAUACCUUUCCUUUUCCACGCAACGGAAUGUCAGUUAUAUGGAGUCCCAUCCAGUCACAGUUUAUUUGAUGCCGUGCUGCUGGGUACUCGGCGAAUUGGUGAUGGGAUGUUGCUUCAUGAUCACCCUUUGCUAACUGAGUUGGUUAAAGAGAAAAGGAUCCUACUCGAACGUUGUCCCAUUUCGAGUGGAAGCAGGGAGCUUGCAAAUUCGAUCGGCUGUCCUUCUCUUGGUUCCUUGUUGUCCCGAGGUGUCCCCGUCUCGCUUUCCAAUGAUGUCUUCGGAUACGGCUGGAAUGGGUUGACGCCUGAGCUUUGGCAUGCACUUCAGGGGCCAGAGGCUUUGGAAGUCACGGACAUUGCGAUGAUGAUUGAGAACUCAGUCCGGUGGAGCUGCUAUGAAGAUCAAUCAACAGCGGAAUGGCUGUCCGGAAUUCGGGAAGGGGUUCUCGGCAAAGGAGUAAAGGCAAACCGUUUGCGGGAAUGGUAUGCAGAUUUUCAGAGGUUCUGCGAGUGGAUAGCACUGGAAUAUGCGGAGCUAGAUGUUGACGACUGA